UCACUUGUCCUCUUUCUGCCUACGUGGCGACGUCCUAUACAAGCGGAACUUUCACCCUACGGCAACCGUUUUCCUGCUCGUUGUUCCCGCUACUCUCCGCGACGACGUUCUACGUGCAUGCCACUACGAACCAACGUCCGGGCAUCUUGGUUUCACGCGUACUCUCGCGAGGAUCAAGCAGAAGUACUAUUGGCGAAAACUCACAAAAACCGUGAAGCAGUACGUCAGAAGUUGUCGAGAUUGCCAGCGUCGGAAAGUUCCACCACUGAAACCAGCCGGUCUGCUUCAGCCUGUCCGACCUCCUUGUUCACCUUUUGAACAAGUCGGGAUGGAUUUACUCGGCCCAUUUCCAUAGUCUUCGGCUGAUAACCGCUGGAUCGUUGUCGCCACCGAUUACCUCACUCGAUACUGCGAAACACAAGCCGUUCAGCGAGCUACUGCUUCAGAUGUUGCUAACUUCUUUAUCAAAAAUAUCGUCCUUCGACAUGGUGCUCCCGCUGUCGUCAUCACAGACCGUGGUACGGCCUUCACUGCCCAGUUGGUCCGAGAUAUUCUGCAGCUGAGCGGAACAACGCACCGUACGGCAACUGCGUAUCACCCGCAGACUAACGGUUUAACUGAGCGUCUCAACAAAACGAUUGCGGAUAUGCUUUCCAUGUAUGUUGCCACGGAUCAUAAAAAUUCGGACGAACUGCUCCCGUAUGUGACAUUCGCGUACAACACUGCCCUGCAAGAAACCACCGGGUUUCCUCCUUUUCGUCUGGUCUACGGACGCGACGUCACCACUAUGCUCGACGUGAUGCUCCUACCAACUUCGUCUCAACCUACCGCACCAGAUACAGACGCCUUUGUUCAGCGUGCCGAAGCAGUGCGGCACCUUGCACGGCAACGAAUUCUAUCCCGACAAAGUCAAGAUGCUCGUCGAUACAACAUAAGCCAUCGAGACGUCUCAUACAAACCGGGAGAUCUUGUAUGGGUUUGGACCCCUAUACGUCAAAGAGGCCGGUCAGAAAAAUUAUUGCGCCGAUACUUUGGACCCUACAUAGUUUUGCGUCGUCUAAGUCCUGUCAACUACGAAGUUAUUCCAGCCGACACUUCGCACCACUCCCGUAGACCACGUUCCUCUGACGUUGUUCACGUUACCAGGAUGAAGCCGUACCAUUCGCGCUGACUCUCAUCCACAAACUUUGUGAUGCGGCCCCUGUCGUCAUCACGUCCGUUGUCUUUCUCAUUUCUUUUAUUUCUUCCUUGUGGCAUUUAACAUCUCCCCAACUUUAUUUAUUUAUUCUUUCUUUUUUUUUUUGGAGGGAGGGAUAAUGGUACGCACUAGUUACGCUAGAAGUCGAGGAAGAAGAAGUGUGCGUGGUAGCUGCGGCAAAAACGAACCGCAAACGGCUGUUCGCUUAGAAUUGACUGACUGGCUUUUCCUCUCGUGACAAUAUUGUUGAGUUCAAGGAAAUGUAUGAGUCUGCGAUUAAUCAUUUUCUUUUUUUUUUCAAAAUAUUACACAGGCAGCUUGUAAGAGCUAUCGGACAAUAACCUGCCGCCAUGGAUGGGUCUUUCCCCUGCUUCAAAACAGGGACCACAAUCGCUUCUUUCCAUGUGUGUGGAAGGUAUCCGGCAGCCCAAGUAGUGCUGAAGAGUGCAAGUAGUGUAACUUGUGUGUCAGUGUGUAAGUUUUUGAUUAUUUCACACAUGACUCGGUCAGGUCCCGGUGCAGUGCUCUUGCAUGAGAUCAAGGCCGCUCUCAACUCGGCAAUACUGAAUGGCCGGUUGUACGCUUCUUUGUGUCUGCAUUUACGUACCAAUGGUUUAAGUUCUAUUUCUUUGUAUUGAAGGAAAUAUUGAAAAUAGUGGAUUGAGCUCGACACACGCUCAAACUGUUCCCCAAGAGAGUCUUUGUAAGGUAUUCCCUCGGUCAUUCACCAGAGGCAACGGAUGGAUUUGUUGCCCUUUUAGCUUUGUUAAGCCAUUCCACACUUUUGCCUCCUGCGUGUAAGAAUUAAUGCCAGAGAGGAACCUCACCCAACUUUCUCUUUUUGCCUGACGACGUGUCCGCCUCCCCUGUGAUUUAUUUGUUCAAACUGAAUUAGAUUUUCGGUAUUGUGCGAUCUGCGCAGUAUGCCCCAUGCCUUGUUCUGUCUAUUUCGCGCCUCUCUACAGUCUUCGUUCCACCAGGGAACACGUCUUGUAAGUGAACCACCAUUCGUCUGUGGGAUAAACUUUUCAGCUGCAUCAAUAAUAAAAGCGGGAAAAUAUGCAACAGCAUCAUCUAUAGUAAGAUCAUUUAUAAAAUCUCGUGUUAAAUGAUAUUAUUCUUUAGAAUGCUCCCAAUCCGCCGACGCUAAUUUCCAUCGAGGAAUAUGUGGAGGAUUCUCAUGCAGUGUUAUCAGUUUUAAAGUUACAGGAAAGUGGUCACUUCCAUACAAUUUAUUGAUCAUGGACCAUUCUAAAUGGGGCAGAAGAGAAGAAGAACCGACUGCUAGAUCUAUUGCUGAAUAUGUGUGGUUUUGGACACUGUAAUACGUCGGCUCUUCUUAUUAAACAGGGCGGCAUUAGAGGUCAGAAGAACAUUUAAAUCUUGCUGCAACAAAUUAUUAUUCCAGUCUCUUAUAAAAGAUUGUGGGAAUUAAUAAUGUUUCCAACGCGAGUGAAGAAAAGAGCAUAAAAGAAAAUGUCACGGGUUUGCUUCUAUCCGCUUUAGUUGUACACUCCUUUUAAAUAAAUUUUGUUGCUAAGUUUUAUUGUCACUAUACUUUUAUUGUAAUGAGUUUUCAUGUACCACAUGUACAUGUACCACAUUUCAUUUAUAUUCCUUGGUAUUACGUGCCAAAACCACAGCAUGAUUACGAGGCACGCCAUAGUGGGAACCGGAUUAAUUUCGACCACCUGGAGUUCUUUAACGUGCCCCUAAAUAUAAGUACACGGGUGUUCUUGCAUUUCGCCAAUAUCGAAAUGCGGCCGCCGUGGCCGCGAGAAUCGCACACGCGUCCUAGGGCUUAACACGCAACAGCUUAACCGCUGAGCUACCACCGCGGGUAAAGCAGCAUUUCGAUGCAUGUACACACCGGAUUUUCCGUCUGAUCGCCCGCUACAAAGCGCAAGGCAUCAAUAAUAAUCGUCAUCAACAACAAAUAUCGUCUAGCGGGCCCGAGCCUGGCCUGGUCAUGAACACGCGCGGCCUGGCUAAGUUUAGUAAUGAACGCCCGGGCCCGGGCUUGGAACCAUGCGCCCGGGCCGGGCCCGGGCUGGGCUCGGUCAUGUACGCCCGGGCUUGAUAUCACGGGCCUGGUCUGGGCUCGGGCUUCAUAAAGCGGGACCGGGCCGGAAAAUCAGUCCCGUGCAGUGCUCUAGGAGGAAAAGGCAGAUGCGAAACCACGUGACUACUGCCAACGUCCGAUGUUUCGCCGAUACCCCGGCGCUGCGGGAAAAAACCGUCGGACGCGCCGUGGUACGAGCGUUCGUUGAGACGCCGGCACGGAGCGGCCUGCGUUGACGGUGCGCGAAACGCUUCGAUCUCGACGACUGCUCUGACGAGGGGGCUCGGACAAAGCCACCUAGAAAAAAAUGUAAGGCCUCCGCAUCACCUCCUCUCCCCUGUCAAUACGUCACGAGAGUCGGAUGGUAGCGGUGGAUGGGGGAGCGCUGCGUUUCUAGAACGCGGCGCGCGUUCUGAAAACAAAUUUUAUCCGUGGCUGCAACGCUAGAGCGGCAACGCGUGGAGCAUUUGCUUGGUGGCUUUGGUGGGGCAUGCUGCACCGUAAACGCGAUUGCUUUUCUUCGAUUGUGCGUGGUUCGUCGUACACGGAAGCGCAACGAUGCCUGGCUGUUGUUGCGCACCAAACUGCAAGUCCAAUUAUGACGGAGGACAAAGUGUCCGAGUGCACAAGUUCCCAUCUGACCGAGCCACUCGGGAAGCAUGGACGAGAGCAGUUCCUCGGAAGGACUUCUCGCCAACGAAGUACACAGUGAUCUGUGAAAAGCAUUUCUUGCCAUCGGAUUACUUGAAGACAUCUUACACGGACGUCAAGACAGGAAAAGUGGUCGAAGUUGCCAUGAAAAACAUCCGUCGGAAGAAAACUGCAGUUCCGAGCUUGUUUCCCAAUUGCCCUGCCUAUUUAUCGCGUCCGCAAGUGUGCGUUCGAGAAGCGCCGGCUGCCAAAAGAGCGCGCUUGGAAGCCACAUAUUUGCAAAAAGCAAUAAUGCUUUCUCAGCAAACCCAAGCAGAAGAGGACGCCAAAAAUCUGGUUGGUAGCUUUGCGGACUUGCUGAAGGCCUUGCCAAGCUUUCAGAGUUCGGACUUCUGGACAGUUUUGAACAAGGGCUCCAAGGUUUUCUUUUUGGACUUGCCACUUCAAUCUGCUCCUGCAGUCCGUACUUCGGUGAUCGUGUCCACAGACCUGCGCGUCGAAGUAUUUUUUGGUGAAACGGGUGUGAGGAAGUGUGGUGAUGUUUUAGUUCCUGAAAAGCUGUGCGACUUGAGAGAUUUGAAAAGUGCGUUACACAUGAUCGAACAGACACGUAAGGAUAUCAGCACUGAGCUUUCUGAAAAGGCCCGUCAUCUACUGACAUUGAUUUCGACAUUGCUAGAGGAAGUAAGUGGAAAACAUUUCGCAUGCGAGUUGCAAGAAUGGCAUUUGGAAGUGCUUAAAUUCUUGAAGAGUCAAGUUGAUCUUGUUUUGAAUGAUGCUGGCCGAUAUCCCCCCGAUUUAUUGGUUUUUGCUAGCCUUUUGUUCACAAUUUCACCUCAUGCAUAUAGAUUCCUGAGAAGUUCGAUGAGGCUUAAGAUGCCGCAUCCUGAUACGAUCAGAAGACUGUGUUCAUCGUACGAUGUACGCCCUGAAACGGAGCAGCAAGAAUGUAGCUUUCUUUCCUAUACAAAGCGUAUUGUAAGCACCUAUAAAGAGCAUGAAAAGACUGUAACGUUAAUGAUUUAUGAGAUUCACCUUCAAUCAUUUUUUGAUUACAAGGCUGGGUUGGUUACUGGUGCUGCGGUAAAUUCAUCGACUGCAGCAAAAACUGCCCACGUAUUUAUGAUACAGAUCGAGCCUGCUUUCUUCAAACAAGGAUGUUGUACACAUCCUUCCUGUGGCACAAAUCGAUGCUAAGGCGCUGCACGACUUCCUUCGGAAGAUUGUUCUUGAUCUAGAGGCAUCUGGUUUUAGAAUAAUCGCAGUGAUCUCGGACAAUAACUCCAUAAACAGAAAAGCCAUGUCCUACUUCGCUAAGCCGGCAAGUGUCAGCAUUGUUUACCAGCAUCCUGCUGACCCAUCACGACCCCUGUUUUUUGUGGUGGACCCAGUUCACAUACUAAAGUGUAUAAGAAAUAACUGGCUGAAUCAAAGAAACAUUGGCAAAUGCAUGUACUUUCCUGAACCGAAGAGUGAUGAGGCUGAACCAAAGAUACUUACAGCAUCUUUCAAGGUAUUAUGCCAGCUGCACGAAGCUGAAAAGCAUGAGCUCUUGAAGCUAGCACCAACGCUCACUUUGAAGGCACUGAACCCCUCAAACAUGGAACGGCAGAACGUUAAACUGGCCUUAAAGAUUUUUUAUUUCAUCUACUGUUGCUGCUCUUAGUGUUGCAACGUUCCAGCAUGCAAAGGAAACCUCUCAAUAUGUCGACACCAUUUUGACUUGGUGGAACAUUGUUAACGUCAAGACGCCAAGAAAAGGACAGCGGUUGCGAGAUCAAUUGCAAGGUCCAAUAGUUUCAUCGUCAUGUCCUCAACUAGAAUUCUUAGAGAGAAUAGUUCAAUGGCUUGAUCACUGGAGAAGCCUCGAACAUGACAAUGGCCGCUUGAUACGUGAAACGCACAUAGCUUUCAGCCACGCUACCCAUGCCUUGCACGAACUUGCCAUAUAGUGUCUCAAAUAGCUUCAUUUCGAGUAAGUUCUUUUGGGCAAAUUUCAAACUGAUAGCUUAGAGGAUCGCUUUGGAAAGUACCGGCAAUUGUCUGGUGCCAAUUACCACGUGUCUAUAAGGCAGAUAUAUGAAUCUGAAAACAAAUUGCGUUUGCAGAAGGUUCUAGACCUGCCAGAUUUGGACAUUCUACUACCACCGAGCGCGAACACGUUGGAGACAAGUGUACAUUCAGGAAACGGCCAGUUUCAAGUCACUGUGACCGACUCCGACAUUGAGAAAAAAACGUCAAGGCUACCGGCACUAACCUAUGUUGCCGGCUAUUGUGCCCAUGCAGCUCUAAAAAAGCUGACAUGCGCAUCUUGCAGUGAAAGUCUUGUGAUGCAAGACGUCGAUCUAGAUGACCCUGAGAAUGCAUUAAUCACGAAGAUGACAAGGGGUGGCCUGAAGUUUCCACGAGCAGUUGUAGUUAAUGCUGUACUCUUUACUGUAAUUAUAUUGGACAAGCUCAGGACACCAGAAUAUGCCGUACGAUUUUUCAGCCUUCCUAGGCAGAAAGAUACUCUUGUCGGCCUUGUGUUCACUACCCUUCAUGACUUUGAGGAUGUCGAUGUGUGUGAUUUCGGUCAUCCUGCACAGGAGGUAAUGGGGCAUGUUGUAAGUGCUGCAGCGAAUACACUGCUGAACAACUUGUGCCGCACAGAAAACGACAAAUUACGCAACGCCAAGAACGACCGAAAAUUGCAGACCUUGAAGGCCCGAGAUGUUUCUCAUUAUUUAUUUUUUAUUCAUGAAGCUCUGUUUUGUUGAACAUCUACGUAUGUUUGUGUUGACAGAACCCUUGUAAAAAGAAACCUGUGGCGUAGCUAGGACUUAUUUGCCUACAUUAUCAAAAUUUAAACCCUGCAUUUUGGCCAAUUCAAAUGUUAUUUGAGUGCAUUGUGCUACCUGUUUAUGAUUCGAACUCUCCACGCUACCGCAAUCCAUUAAUUGCAUGUUUUCCUUUAGGACUGAGAGUAGGCCUCUCGUUUUUUACUUACUUUUCACCAUUAUCUCAGUAUUUUAUGAAGACCAAUGAGGCCUGCAAACAAGGCGGGUGGAAAUAAUAUAACCACAAGAAAUGGUACAACAAAGACGGAAGCUUAUUCUAUUCGAGAAUUAGUUGUGCGUGACCCUAUAAUAAUAAAAUUUUAACAAUAAAAUGAACCUCGAUAUUCGUGUGUCCAGCGAGGACUGUUUUACGCAAUGCAAGAGUGAGAAUGAUAAUUGUAUAUGGAAGAUUUAAAAUGCUUGUUUCUGAAUGCAGUUCUUAUCAUUUGUGAAUAAAGUAUAUUCUGUGUCUUCAAUAUGCAGUUUUCCUCUUUCUUUCCGUCUAAGGUUAAAGUGACUAAGCUGCAUGCAGUUUGCUUGUCUUAAUCCCGACCAAACAUCACAAGCACAAUAAGGCAGGUCGUGUUGCGAUACACGCAAAAAAGAAAUGUCGCGAGGCAAGUAAUCUAAGGAAGGUAUGAAAUAAUGUUGCUUUCUAUGGUGGUGUUGACUGCGGUGAACCAGCGGCUCCCCCUUAUUUUUUGCGUCAGCUAUACGUGUCUUGCUUUCGAACCGAAGCACAUGCAUUUAUAAGGUGCUGGCACUUUAAGGACAGCACUAAUUUUCCCAUGCCAUAGUAUCCGCGACACGCCAAGAGACACCCUGCAAGCGCAACGAACCUAGGCGCGGAGACGCCGACGGCGUCGACUGUCCGGCUCAUCCGACUAGCGUGACGUCACACCGGCGUGCGGAGGCCUUCCUUUUUUUUCUAGGUGGCUUUGGCUCGGAGCGCAUCAGAGAGCGCUCGAAGAUGGAGGAGAGCGAUCGAGAAGGACUAGCCGAACGCAGGGCGCGCCCUCUUUCAACCAGCCACGCCGCUCGCGAGAGCGCUCAGAAACGACCAGCCGAAGAUGCCAUUAAUAACAGGUUUGAUUUGUAGUCAAUGUAUGGCGCCACAGCAUUACCACUGGUGAUGCGCUGACGAUGCGGAACUCAAUAAAGGCCUAAUUGCUCAUUGAAUAAUUAAUUUACUACCCCGCUCCAGCAGGGUACGUGACUACCCCUCCCCCCCCCCCCCCCAGACACACACACCUCAAGUGCCGUUACCAGAGCUUUGUCACCCACAUCAUUUGAGGUUUCUAUUGACUUUCCUCGCCCUUUUCACUUGAAAUCUUACUAGGGCCGAUAGCUUGCUGUAUCAUUGUUGGCGCGAACGUGCACGGCUUUAAAUUCAUACUUUCGCUGUAUUUCUGCAAAUCCUGAUAAUAGGAGGACACGCGCGUUAGAAGCACUAGCGGCGGCUGCCUCAUCCGUAUUUUCUCACUUCAACAUUUUGUUUUAAAUUUACACUGUAAGCACUAUGUACACACACAAUAUAUUUAAAUAUACACACAGGACAAAGUUUAUUAUAUUUUUGCAAGAGAUGGAGGUAGCCAAUAAAAAUUAUUUCUAAAAGUAUGGAUAGCCUAUGUCUAGAGAAUAAAUAUGUUGCUGUAUGUUCACCACGCUUUAAAUUGCAUUGCGUGCUUUUUUGACCAUGAAAAAAAAACUGUAGACUCCAAUGACCCCUUCGGCAGAGUCUUAUCGAUGGCGUGUGAAAUGCGCGUCAAUGUUGUGUGUCUCUGUGUCGCUUCUCUUUCCGGUAAGCAAUGCUAAGAACUCAUGAAAAAAAAAAAAACAUUUCUAAUAAUUUACAACAUAUAUUAGAGAUGGAAACAUCGUCACUUGCAUGCAAAGGUGAUAAAUAUAUACAGGGUGUCCCACUUGAAUAUAGUGCAGCAAAAUUUUAAAAAAGAGCUAUGUGUUACUCAAAGAAAACCUAGUGCGUAUUGUUUACAGUACAGUGGAGUAGCUGCCAGUAAUUUCUCGUUACUGAGAUUUAAUUUGGUAAUUGUAAUUGAUUAUCUAACUCGAGACGUGCUAUCCUGAUUAUCAAAGUGUCAAUGAGACAUUUCAAGGCACAGCCAAAAGACAUCUAACUGCGGUAUUUUCAGCGACGUACUGAUUGCGUACGAAUUUUUUUCUGACUGAUCAAGGAAUCCCGCGAAAUAUGGAGAAUACCACGUGACUGCGCUCCCACCCGGAUUGUAAAGCAGCGCCCUCGAACAGGCUCCCUCUGAGUUAUCCAGAACGAAAUGAAGGAAAUACAGAAAAACAUCGUGAUCGAGCUCGUGCCUUAUCUACCGCGCCCCGGCUGAAGUAACACGUUGCAUUUGGUGUUGGUUAAACAAGCUGUGAUAGCUGUUGUCUUAGCAUAUAUAAAGUGCGCUGAUGUUUUUUUUUUUUUUUUUUGCCGCUAUACUUGUCAACACAAACGCGAAUUGACCACGUCAGUGCAAAGGUUUAAAGGUGCCUUUUGCUUCGUCCCAGUCGCCGUGUCAUUCUGUAAUGAUCAGAAUGUAAACAAGAGGCUUGUCUUGGGAUCUGAAUAUGGCAACAAGAGGAAGGCCGCAUAUGCAUAUAUAUAUAUAUAUAUAUAUAUAUAUAUAUGUACACACACACACACAGUGAAGCAGACGCGCGUAUGAAGCGGUUUAUUGAUGUUUCGGCCGGGGUCCGGCCUUCAUCAGAAUACAUUGCAUGGUGUCAGUACAGUUAAUAUACAUGUGCCUGUCAACCAAAUGGAGAUACGCUUACAUGAAAAACGAAUAAAAUGGGCGAACAAAAUGCAUCCGAAUCGUUCAAAGGACAGCUGACACGAGUGACUGCCCUGAUGCCAUCGGAUGCCAUCCUUGUCGAAAACCGCGAUGUAAAGUAUGCCCCUACAUGGUCACAUCGCAACAGGUUACUAGUACGUCUUCAAACUUUUGUUUAAAAAUCAAAGGAGAUUUCUACUGCGACACAAAAAACGUAAUAUACAUGCUCGAAUGUACACUCUGCAAAAAACGGUACAUCGGACAAACAGAAGGGCCUUUCAGAUUCCGCUUUAACAAUCAUAAAUCCCACGCUAAUACGUUGCCCAACCUGCUCAUCUCAAGACACGUGCAUCUUCCUGACCACUCAUUUGAUAAACUGAGAGUCACGUUGCUUGAAUCUGGAUUUCGUUCAAAUUAUGACAGAGAAGCCCGCGAAUCCUUCCUUAUCUAUAAGUUUGAUACCGUCGCUUGUGGUAUGAAUGAAUGUGUAGGAAAAUUGAGUUGCCUGUCUUUGUAGCCCGUCACUUAUCCCUUCUUCUACAAGUACGUCGCUAUUCCCCUUUUUCUGUGUCUGUGUUUGCUUGAUAACAUAGCACAUAUUGAGCACAUAUUGACGUUUUGUUGUCACGUGGCGAUUGGUUGUUUACAAUUCAUUUCGGUGCGUUUUUAUGCUUUGUAUUUUAGAUGAUAUGUUUGCAAUCGCCAUAGGUCUAUACACGUGUCAGCUGUCCUUUGAACGAUUCGGAUGCAUUUUGUUCGCCCAUUUUAUUCGUUUUUCAUGUAAGCGUAUCUCCAUUUGGUUGAUAGGCACAUGUAUAUUAACUGUACGGACACCAUGCAAUAUAUUCUGAUGAAGGCCGGACCCCGGCCGAAACGUCAAUAACCGGCUUCAUACGCGCGUCUGCUUCACUGUGAAUAUUUACCCGGACCCAGAACUGCUUUUUUUCUGGAAUGUAUAUAUAUAUAUAUAUAUAUAUAUAUAUAUAUAUAUAUAUAUAUAUAUAUAUAUAUAUAUAUCAGACAUGUAAGUGUCGCGGUAGACCAAACGCAUCGAUUAUCAUAAGAAAUGAUGAAAACCUGCAUGAGACAAACCGGCAGCUUCAAGAAACAGCAGCGUAGGAUUCCAUCUUUGAAUGCACGGAUGUUCUAGCAUUUAUGGCCUCAGACCCUCGUGCUAGCGUGCGAGAUGUGGCCGCCCAGGCACCAAUUUCCAUGUCAUCAGUUUGGAGGAUUCUGAAUGACGGCCUUUCACCCGUACCACCUUAACCAGCACCAAUGCUUGGAAGAGAGAGACCUGAAAAAUCGUCUAGAUUUCUCGAAUUGGGUCCUCACAAAAGCCGAUGAGUGGACGAAAUAUUUGAAGUGGUGGACGAGUUUCUCAGCGACCUCCCGCUGUCACGUCUUCCGUUUCUGCGGUAUCAGCAAGAUGGGGCACACAGCAGCAGCCGAGCACGAAAGUGGCUGGAUGCAACUUUUCACGCGCAAUAGAUUGAAAGGGACGGGCCUGUAAAUUUGCCGGCUAGGUCAUCCGACCUCUGAUAUCUUUCUUUGAGGUUAUGUGAAAGAUCGUGCGUACAUGAUCGAGACGCACGUCAGAUUAGUUCAAGGCAAGGAUAGCGGAUGCCUGCCGUAGAAUUCCGGCGUCGGUCAUAAAGAAAGCCACUGAAAAUGUGACAGAGCGGACACAGUACUCCGUACCUGCAAAAGGAGACCUAUUCGAACACGUCUUCUAGGCAGCAGCUGGUGUUCAACUGAGCUUACGAAUUCAAAGAUGACACUGAAAUCUGACGUCCUUAUGUGUGUGUGUGUGUGUGUG